AUGAUAAAAUCUAAGAUAAAAGUUAUAAAUGUAGAGUAUGGAAAAGGUAAAAGAGCAUUGAUAAGUGCACAAAUGAAUACAAGAUGUGCAGAAAGCCAAACAAUAAUAGUUGCAUAUGUAGCCCCAAAAACAAAAACUUGGACUAAGGAAGAACAUGAAGAAAUAGAAGAUACCCUAGAUAAAAGAAAAAGGUAA